GCGCAGCGCGCGGGGCAGGAAAGGCGCGGGCAGGCGGGGGAGGUGUCGCGAUGGCGCUCUGCGCGCCGGGCGGAGGGAGGAGAUGAAACCGCAGAUGCCGAGGCAGUCGGGGAGUGAGGCGCGCGCGGGCGCCCAGCUCCGACCCGGUGCUUGCAGCCGCUGGCGGCGAGCCGGGAAGGGAACAGGUUACCCCCCGGCCCGGGCCACUCGGGCCCCAGGGGAAGAAUCCGGGGCAGCCGGCGCCGGCUCUGCCUGGCCCGUAACCGACUAGCUCCCGGCGGGGCUCGGAGCUCGCGCCCGGCGGAGCCCGGGGAGGGGUCCCCACCCCCCUCCGCCGCAUCCCACGCCGGUCCCCUCGGAUGCGCUCGCUGCCUCGGUGGGGGCUUCGGGCUAGAUGACGGUGGACAGCAGCAUGAGCAGUGGGUACUGCAGCCUGGAGGAGGAUCCGGAGGAUUACUUCUUCACUGCUAAGACCACCUUUUUCAGGAAUGUGCAGAGCAAACGUCCUUCGAAGAAUGUCUGUAAACCCGCGGAGGACACGCGGCCCCCGCCCACGCUGCAGGAGAUCAGGCAGAAGAUCGAGAGCUACAACAGCCGGGAGAAUGACUGCCUGAGCAUGAAGCUGAGUGAAGACGGCACCUACACGGGUUUCAUCAAAGUGCAUUUGAAACUUCGGCGGCCGGUGACGGUGCCUGCUGGGAUCCGGCCCCAGUCCAUCUAUGAUGCCAUCAAGGAAGUGAACCUGGCGGCCACCACAGACAAGAGGACAUCGUUCUACCUGCCGCUCGAUGCCAUCAAGCAGCUGCACAUCAGCAGCACCACCACGGUCAGUGAGGUCAUCCAGGGGCUGCUCAAGAAGUUCAUGGUUGUGGACAAUCCCCAGAAGUUUGCACUUUUUAAGCAGAUACACAAGGACGGGCAAGUGCUCUCCCAGAAACUCUCCGUGGCUGACUGCCCCCUCUACCUGCGCCUCCUCGCUGGGCCUGACACUGAUGUCCUCAGUUUUGUGCUGAAGGAGAAUGAAACUGGAGAGGUGGAGUGGGAUGACUUCUCCAUCCCUGAGCUCCAGAACUUCCUAACAAUCCUGGAAAAAGAGGAGCAGGACAAAAUCCAGCAAGUGCAGAAGAAGUAUGACAAGUUUAGGCAGAAACUGGAGGAGGCCUUAAGAGAAUCUCAGGGCAAACCUGGCUAACCGGUCCUGCUGCCUCUUCUCUCGAUGCCCACAGAUUUAUUUUUAUUAUUAAUUAUUAUUUUGCAACAGACACUUUUUCUCAGGACGCCUCUGGUGGGUGCAUUUGUGUCCGCCCAGCAGUUCCAGAUGUGGCACAGAAUCUCUGAAGGACAUGUGUGUGUGCCGGGUCGGGUCCACCCCCCACCACCACCACCACGCUGGGCCCUCUGGACACUGCCAAGGAGCAGCGCUCAUGUGAAUGAACAACCAUCGUGCUCUUGCAAUCUGCAAGCCUUUCACAAACCAAAUAGUUGCCUCUCUCGUCACCAAACUGGAACCGUUCACACUAGCCGGCAAAGAAAAGGAAAAAGGUUUUAGAAAUAUGUAUUCUUUCUCUGGCUUUUAUUCUUCUUCAAUUUCUCUCUUAUUUGCUACCCACAGUACCUUUAUUUAUGAGUCAAAAAUUGUAGCAUAUUCCUUUAGCAGGUCUGAGCUAAGCCCUGGAAAGCAAGAUAAUGCUCAUGAAAGGAUUGUCCCCCACUGUCCUAAGGUGCCCGUUGUUCAUGCUUAAGGGAAAGUCAUAAAGCCACUGGUCCCAGACGCUCAGGUAAGGAGCACCAAAGCUGAGGCUGGCUCAGAGAUCGCCAGAGAAGCUGCAGCCUGCCCUGGUCCUGACCCUCAUCGCCCAAGUCUGUGCACAUAUAAACCCAAAUAUAUAUCUGCGUGUAUGUGGUACUUAGCCAUAUCUUUGUCAACAACUGUUUAAGUUACAAAUUUAUAUUUAAUAUUGCCAUCAUCCUCCUGGGUUUCCACCAAAGGGAAACCAGCCAUUCACCAUGUUAAAAGUCUCCCGCUGAGUAUGGAAAUCAGGCAGUCAGAGAAAGCCAAAAAGCCUUGCAGAAAAAUGCAUCCAAGCUGUCUGCAGCCUUCCCCCAGCAGAGAGCAAGGGGGCCUGCCUGCCUUGGUUUCCCCCUGCACCUCCAGCACUGCCUCUCUCCUCCCACUGGGACUCUGCAGUAUCCAGGUGCUGCCAGAGGAGCUGCCUCCAUUACAGAGGGGGACCCUCCAACUCAGCCAGCUUGGAGUCACUUGUGUUCCACAGGCCGGGCCAGCCCGUGGCACUGCGCUCCCUCUGUGAGCCCGUGGGCUGGCCUUCUGCUGACCUCAGUGCCUUUUUGUUUUCAGAGAGUGACAGGAGCAGGGCGUUUGCUUGAAGCUCUGCUGCUGGCUUGCCCCUGCCAGGAAGUGGACCACGGGGGUGCGGGAGACACGGCCAGGAGAGCCCUCGCUCCAAGUAUGGGGCGAGCAAGGGCCAAAGACCUUCUUCCCAUCUAAGGUCCUGAGCUUUGACUUCCAAGAAGUGAUGUCAAACCACAUGCACAGGGCAGAUCAGAUUCCCAACUCGACAUUUGUACUGGCUCCUUGUUUAGGUUCAAACUUAAAAAU